UAAAAUUUAGAGUCUUUUUACAAAAAUUUUCCAUUAGAAAAACCAGAGGGUACUUUUGAGCGCUCGGACGGAAAUUGAAAGUAGCUGUUAGCCUUUGAACUUUGAGCUCAGAGAAGAAAAAACCCAGGCAGAGCAGAGAGACCCCUCUUUCUCCUCGCAGCGCUAAAACCUCCCCUUCUUCUCUUCUUCGACAAUGCCAUAAACAAGCCAUUUCUAUUUCCCUCCUCUUCCAAUCCCAGUUGCUGCGACUAAUUAUUACUAGCAAUGGAAGUUGGCGGUGGUGGAGGCGGCAGUAGAGACAAGAGUUCUUCGCCGGUGACCAAACCAUCAAAAUUUGCAGUCUAUCAAAAUCCUGCUUUAUCCGCUGCCUUAACCGCCAACAGCCUCCAGCCCUCUAAAUCUGUUUUCCUCUUUAUCUUCUUUCUCUCCUCUGCUUCCGCUUUCGCUCUAUUCUCUAUUAUCUCCAGGGAAAAUGGACUGAUUGAAACAAUGAGAUACACAAAUUUCCCCCUAGAGGCAGCUUAUAUAUUCUCAAAAGUCAUACAAGCUUUCGUGGGUUCAGUUUUUAUUGGAUCUUUAUUUUCCCUCUACAAAGCCAUCUCUUGGCAUAGAGGUGCAGCUGGUGUUCCAAUAAAAUCUCCCUCUAAAGAAACUAAGGAUCAAUCACUUCUAACGACCCAUCAGCUGGGGCUUUUGGGAUUAAAGCCAAAAGUUGAAUCAGUUAUAACUGAAGCUUCAAAGAAACCUCCCAAGUCCAAACCCAUUUUGUCUGCUUCAGAAGUCCUUGUCCCAAUUCACCAACCAAUUAUCAGUUCCAAUCGUAAGUCCCGAGUUGGCCCUGAUAAAUCAAAUGCUGGCAGUGGGAAUAAAAUGACUUCUUUCAGCACCCCAUCCAUGUCACAGAGUUCUCCAUCCUCUUUAUACCUUGUUGCUGGGGCUAGUUCACCUCUAGCCUCUACUCACUCUUCUCCAGGGAUCGAUUCAGCAGUCUCAACUCCUUGGUCAGGCAAGCGAACCACCUUUACUAAAGAGAUAGCCACAGAAGAACAGCUUGAGCAGUUUUUGGCAGAAGUAGAUGAGAAAAUUGCAGAGUCAGCUGGGAAACUUGCAACUCCACCCCCCACUAUUAGGGGCUUCAGUGUGGCUAGUCCUAAUGCUGUAGCUAGUCCAGCUAAUACAUCUGGAACUACAAGGAGCACACCCUUGCGACCUGUGAGGAUGUCUCCUGGUUCACAGAAAUUUACCACUCCACCUAAGAAAGGAGAGGGUGACCUUCCUCUACCAAUGUCCAUGGAAGAGUCUAUUGAAGCUUUCAAGCAUUUGGGCAUCUAUCCUCAAAUUGAACAGUGGCGUGACCACCUUAGGCAAUGGUUUUCAUCAGUUGUACUGAAUCCUCUACUUAACAAAAUUGAAACCAGCCACAUUCAGGUAAUGCAAGCAGCUGCUAAACUUGGUAUUUCGGUCACAAUUAGUCAAGUGGGAAGUGAUUCACCAACUGGUGGAACUCCUGCUUCUAUGUCUUCAGUUGAUAGGAAGGAAUGGCAGCCAGCAUUCGCACUUGAUGAAGAUGGACUUCUAUAUCAGUUACGUGCUACUCUUAUGCAGGCUAUUGAUGCUUACAUGCCUAAGUUGCCUCUGGCUAACCUGCUACAGUCCCCACAGCAAAAUCCUAUGCUCCCCAUCAUGCAGGAGUGUGUGGAUGCCAUCACUGAACACCAAAGGCUCCAUACAUUGAUGAAAGGAGAAUGGGCCAAAGGUUUGCUUCCACAUACCAGUGUUCCAGAAGAUUAUAUGGUACAGAGGAUUCAGGAGCUUGCCGAAGGAACCUGCUUGAAGAACUAUGAGUACCUGGGAAGUGGAGAGGUUUAUGAAAAAAAAAAGAAGUGGACUCUUGAGCUUCCUACAGACUCACACUUGCUCUUAUACUUAUUUUGUGCUUUCCUAGAGCACCCAAAGUGGAUGCUUCAUGUGGAUCCUACAUCUCAUGCUGGAGUGCAGUCUAGCAAAAACCCCUUAUUUUUAGGGGUUCUUCCCCCAAAAGAAAGGUUUCCUGAGAAGUAUAUUUCUGUCUUGUCCAGUGUCCCUUCCACUAUUCACCCAGGAGCUUGUGUAAUGGUUGUUGGAAAGCAAAGCCCUCCAAUCUUUGCCUUGUACUGGGAUAAGAAACUACAAUUCUCUCUUCAGGGAAGAACAGCAUUGUGGGAUUCCAUCUUGCUUUUGUGCCACAGGAUCAAGGUAGGAUAUGGAGGCAUAGUUCGGGGCAUGCAUCUUGGUUCGUCAGCCUUAAGCAUCCUUCCAGUUCUCGAGUCAGAAACUGACGACUGACUAUUUAAUAGAUGUGCCUGUGUAUGAUGGACAAUGCAAGUCUCAACCCAAUGGCUAAAUGUUCAAGUCACUGGACCAGUUAAAAAUCUUCCUUCCUAUAAAAGGGCUGUCCAAAAUUUUGGUAGUGUACUUUUUCAGUCCACUCUGCUUGUCUUGCCGUUUUCUGGAGAGAAACUGACAAAGUUCUCUGAAUCUUUCCCCCAAAUUGCCUUUCUUUCUUCGGCCUUAAAUGUUUGUAAGGAUGAAAGUUUGUUCAAAAGUAUCAGUUAUGUAGAUUUCCCUAGCUAA